CACACUGAUAGGUCACGUGGUAUAAAUGGUAACAACAUAUCGCAUUUGCGGGUAAAGGAGAAACGAUUAUGGAUCGCUUAGAGCCGUAUUCUGCUCCAUCAUGGGCCUCACAGUUACGAAUGUUGCCGAAAAGCCGACUUAAACUUGCACAAAAGAAUACUCCAAUUCAUCAAUGGGCCCUACCAAACAUUCCUGAUGGCUUCAAAGUCUCCAUAAAAAGAGAUGACAUGACUUGCAGUGUCCUUGGUGGUAACAAAAUCAGAAAAUUGGAAUUUCUCUUAGCAGAGGCAGUAGCAAAAAACUAUAACUCAGUAAUUACUUGCGGGGGCAUCCAGUCAAAUCAUUGUCGAGCCACUGCGCUGGCGGCCCGUCUCGUCGGCCUCAACAGCCAUCUCAUUUUAAAAACAACUGAGCCAGACACUGAUGCACGCAACUGCUGUGGAAACGUCAUGCUUGAUCGACUGAGUGCUGCCGAGGUUUACUUAGUUCCAAAUGAAUCACUUACUAGAGGACUGGGCACUAGAGUUAAAAACCUUGCGUCAAGACUUUGGGAGGAAAGGAAAGAACGUGCUUACGAAAUCCCUUAUGGCGGGUCAUCUUCUCUGGGAACAUUUGCUUUUAUCGAUGUGUACCAAGAAUUGAUGGAUCAGGGUAUGUUAGAGAACUUCGAUGAUAUAUUUGUGGCUACUGGCAGUGGUGGUACAAUUGGUGGUCUGGCCCUGGCAAAUUAUUUGAAUGGAUCGCCUUUAAAGGUGCAUGGUGUAUGUGUUUGCGAUACAGCAGACUAUUUCUACGAUCACAUCGAUGAACUGAUUGGCGAAUAUGGUCUUCAAGACGUUAAAGCUAGAGACAUCUGUGAUGUAAUUGACGGCUAUAAGGGAGAGGGGUAUGGCAAAUCGACCCAGGAAGAGCUAGAACUUCUCAUUGAAAUUGCCCAGAUGACAGGGGUUGUCCUUGACCCUGUGUACACACUCAAAGCAACUCGAGCGAUGCUUAAGGAAAUGUCAGAGAACCCUUCAAGAUUCAAAGGAAAGAGAGUUAUUUUCAUUCACACAGGUGGAUAUUUUGCCCUAUACGACAAUCGAAUCAAUGAUUUAUUGCUCAGUGGGGAAAAAACGCAGAAUAAAGAUUUCAAGAUUUGGGCUGAUGCAGCAGCUGAUCCUCUGAGCUGAUGACAUCUAUAACGACAAAUGAAAUUCUGAUGUUGCCUUUCCUGUUAGAAUUGACGAUCUGAUAAAAGACAAAUGGAACCAUCGUUACCAACUUUUAUUAUUGUACUUUAUUACCAAUUCGACUUUGAUAGAAGGCGUAUAUUUGUCAUUAGUUUGCUAUCUACUCGAAGUACAAAAAAUGUUUGCUCGUAGUUAACUUGAAA